AUGUCUCCUAUUCCGAAACUCAUUCAAUUAUCAUCUGGUCAUGCCUUCCCCACCGUCGGGCUGGGGACCUGGGAAGUGCCUAACUCUGCCACAGCCAAAGUUGUGUACGAGGCUCUGAAGACUGGUUAUCGUCUCAUUGACUGUGCCUCUCUAUACGGGAAUGAGGCAGAGUGCGGUGAAGGAAUCUCGAAAUGGCUGGACGAAGGCAAUAGCCGUGAGGACGUGAAGUACACCACCAAACUUUGGAAUAGCGAAAACGGCUACGGCAACGCCAAGAGAGCUAUCAAGAGGUGUCUUGAGAAGGUAAAGCAGUUGGGUUAUAUCGAUCUACUGCUGAUCCAUUCGCCACUGGAAGGUCCAAAAAUGAGAUUGGAGACCUACAAGGCCAUGCAAGAGGCUGUUGACGAGGGUCUGGUCAAGUCCAUUGGUGUUUCAAACUACGGCAUCAAACACAUUGACGAGUUGCUGGCAUGGGACGGCCUCAAGUACAAGCCUGUUGUCAACCAGAUAGAAAUUUCGCCUUGGUUGAUGCGCCAGGAACUGGCAGACGCAUGCAACGAAAGAGGUAUCGAGGUCGAAGCCUAUGCGCCCUUGGGCCACGGUGGGAAAAUCAACGACCCCACAGUCACCAAGAUAGCUGCUCGAAAGAACGUUUCUGGUGCGCAGGUACUAAUCAGAUGGUCCAUGCAGAAAAAGCACAUCCCGCUACCAAAGACCAAAACAGUGUCGAGACUCGCGGGAAACCUGGACGUGUAUUCGUUCUCCCUGACGGAGGAGGAGAUCCGUGAGUUGGACCAUCCCAAGGCGUAUGAACCUACUGAUUGGGAAUGUACCGAUGCGCCAUAA